GCACGGGAGGAACGUUCAACGUGAAUUCCGUGAGAUCAGGAUAAAACUGAAUGCUUCCGUACAAGGAAUGAAAACUAAUCGUAUUAUGCAUCAACCUUGGAGUCCAGUUGUCAAAGCAAAGCCACGACUCGUCAUUUAAUGCAUGUCAACAGAGGGGAUUUCUAAAAGAGACCGCCGACCGAAGAGUAACGCCAAGAGGUCCAAGUUAGUUAGCUAAGAUGUAAGAGUAAUACACAUUUAGACAAUAUCGAUGGAAUUUGUGGCAUGGUGCAGUCUUAAAUGCGGUGGUCAUGGAGUGUCGGGCUUUUUGCGGAAUUUACCAAAUCUGCAUUGUUUUUGUCAUGUUUUGGUUAUACCCCCUCCAUUGCAGAGGAAGUUGGAUGUGGCUGGGCAUUACGUCUGUUGGAGUACCAGAGAAGAUGGGAUGCGCAAAUCUACCGCUCACAAAUAAACAAAAGGAUCUCUGUAGGAAAAAGCCAUAUCUCUUACCGAGCAUCAAGGACGGUGCGCGCCUCGGGAUUUCCGAGUGCCAGACGCAGUUUAAGCACGAGCGGUGGAACUGCUCCACGACGAAAGAGGUGUCGGUGUUCGGGUACGAGUUAACCAGCGGGACAAAGGAGACGGCCUUUAUCUACGCGGUGAUGGCGGCGGGCCUGGUGCACGCGGUGACCCGCGCCUGCAGCUCGGGCAACGUGACGGAGUGCUCAUGCGACACGACCCUGCAGGGCAGCGGCUCGCCCAGCGAGGGCUGGCACUGGGGCGGCUGCUCCGACGACAUCCGCUACGGCACCUGGCUCAGCCGCCGCUUCGCCGACGGCUCCGCCGGCAACGCCUCCGCCAAGGGCAGCGACGCCCUGAUCGCUGUCAACCAGCACAACAGCGAGGCCGGCCGCCAGGCCGUGGCGAGCACGAUGUCCACCGACUGCCGCUGCCACGGUGUGUCGGGCUCGUGCGCGGUGAAGACGUGCUGGCGCAGCAUGGCGCCCUUCGAGCGCGUGGGCGCCUGGCUGAAAGAGCGCUACGAGGCCAGCGUGCUGGUGCAGGCCCGCGGCGGGCGCAAGGUGCGGCGCAGGGAGAAGGCCCGGCGGCGGGCGCCCGUCGGCAAGGACGAGCUCGUCUUCCUCAACAAGUCGCCCAACUACUGCCUGGAGGACCGCCGCCUGGGCGUGUCCGGGACGCGGGGCCGCCGCUGCAGCCGCGCCUCGGCCGGGCCCGACGGCUGCAACCUGCUGUGCUGCGGGCGCGGGUACAACACCCACGUGGUGCGGCGCGUGGAGCGCUGCGACUGCAAGUUCGUCUGGUGCUGCUACGUGCGCUGCCGCCGCUGCGAGAGCAUGAACGACAUGCACACCUGCAAGUAG